AUGGUCCCAUUGGCCAUUAGGAGGAAAAUAAGAUACAGUGUUUCUGUUGGGUUCGGAAUUGAUUCCAAAACCAGUGACUAUAAGGUGGCGAGGAUUCUGAGUUUUCAAGAUAGAAAAAGCGCGUCUUCACCCAAGCUUGAGGUUGAGGUUUACUCACUUGCCACUGCUGAAUGGAAAACGCUUACUACAGCCUUGCCUCCCACAAGUACUGAAUGCUAUGGUAACCCACAUGCUUCUUCUGUCAAUGGGGCUCUGCAUUGGGUUGCUUCCAGAAGAACUAAAGACAAUAUGCUUAUCAAGUUUGUUAUGGUACUCGAUUUGGAGGAUGAGGUUUUCAGUGAGAUAGCGAUGCCGAAAUUUGCCGAAAAUGAACGUAACUUGCCCUCAACUAUUUCAGCAUAUGGGAAUUCCCUUGCCUUGUAUCAAGAGGUUUCUAUGAACUAUCUCAAUAUAUGGCUGAUGAAGGAGUAUGGGAAUGCGUCCUCGUGGACCAAAAUUGUAAUUUUGGCUGAUCAAGGUCCCAGAUAUUACAGACCAAGUGCAAAAGGUUUUAGGAAGUGUGUGGUGAUGGCAACAGAAGCUUUUGAUGACCAGAUGCUUGCAACUACUUAUGAUCAUUUGGUUUAUGAUGAAUUGGCAGGAAGAUUCUUUAGGGCUAAAAAUGCUUAA